CCCUCACCUCUUCACUUCUCCCGGUUUCCCUCCACCAGAGAAGACAGAGCAGCAGACUCCACCCCUUCUCAUCAUGGCCACUAUGUUCUCCUCAUCUCGCAGCACCCGCUACAGCGGUGGUGGUGGUGGUGCCCGCUCCAGCGGUGGUGGUGGUGGUGGUGGUGGCAGUGGCGGUAUGAGCUCCUUCAGCAUGGUGGGAGGAGCAGGAGGCAGAGGAGUGCAGGUGUCUACGGGCAGCAGGCUCUUCUCCUCUGGGGGCAGCAGCUUUGGAGGUGGUGCAGGUUAUGGUGGUGGCUCUAGUUUUGGUGGCCGCUCUAGUUUUGGUGGCGGUGCAGGUGGAGGUUAUGGUGGUGGCUCUAGUUUUGGUGGCGGUGCAGGUUUUGGUGCUGGCGGAGGUUUUGGUGCUGGCGGAGGUGGAUUCGGAGGAGGAGCUGACGACAGCGUCAUUGGAAACGAGAAGUUCACUAUGCAGAACCUGAACGACCGUCUGGCCACGUAUCUGACCAAAGUGGCGGCACUGGAGAAGGCAAACGCCGAUCUCGAGCUGAAGAUCCGAGAGUUUGUGGAGAACAAAGUGGGGCCGUCCACCAGGGACUACAGCCACUUCUACAGCACCAUCGCAGAACUGCAGGGAAAAAUCCAGGAUGCCAUCAUCGCUAAAGGAACAGUUAUUCUCAGCAUCGACAACGCUAAACUGGCUCAGGACGAUUUUAGAGUCAAGUUUGAGAACGAACUGUCCAUGCGUCAGUCCGUGGAGGCUGACACCGCCGGUCUGAAGAUGCUGCUGGGAGAACUGGGUGUGGCCAAGACGGAUCUAACCAUGCAGAUCGAGAGCCUGAAGGAGGAGCUGGUCCUCAUGAAGACCAACCACGAGGAGGACUUGAUGUCCAUGAGGACUCAGAUGAGUGGUCAGGUGAACGUCGAGGUGGACGCUGCUCCUCAGGACGACCUCAGCAAAGUCAUGGAAGACAUUAGAGACCACUACGAGGCAAUCGCUGCCAAGAACCGCAAAGAGCUAGAGUCCUGGUACCAGAGCAAGUCAGAGGCGCUCACUCAGGAAAUGGCCACCACAGAAAUGACACUGAAGUCGACAACGUCGGAGGUGAAGGAGGUGAAGAGUCAGCUCAGUGCCCUGGAGAUCGAGCUUCAGUCCCAGCUCAGCAUGAAAGCCUCUCUUGAAUCUCAACUGGCCGAAAUCCAGAGCCGCUACUCCAUGCAGUUGAACGGGUACCAGAUUCAGGUGACGGGGAUGGAGGAGCAACUGGUUCAGCUCAGGGCAGACCUGGAGAGACAGUCCCAGGAGUACCAGAUGCUGCUGGACAUCAAGACCCGACUGGAGAUGGAGAUCGCCGAGUACAGGAGGCUGCUGGACGGAGAGGGAAGCGGAGGUUCCUCCUCCUCCUCAUCCACUGUCACGACCAAAGUCAUCACCAAAGUCAUUGAGGAGAGGAUCUGAGGCCAAUCAUCUGCUGUGAUCAGGGGAGGAGUCGGUGUAAGCCAAUCACGUCUGCCGCUCGUCCAGGGCCC